CUCCCGCGCUAUCCAGCCACCUGGUCUCGGUCUCGCCUCGCCUGGUCUCUACCCCCGGCAUGGAGGGGGUCCCUGUGAUAACGGCAGGCACCGCGGGCUCUGCCAAGGCCGAGGGAGCCGCAGCCAUGCCGCCCCCGCCUCCCGUCUCCCCGCCUGCCCUUACCCCGGCGCCCGCAGCGGGUGAGGAGGGCCAGCCGCCACUGCCCGAGGCGGGGGCUCCCGGCUGCUCGGGCUCCCGGCCCCCUGAGCUGGAGCCGGAGCGCAGCCUGGGCCGCUUGAGGGGCCGCUUCGAGGACGAGGACGAGGAGUUGGAAGAGGAUGAGGACCUGGAGGAGGAAGAAGAGGAGGAAGAGGAGGAAGAGAUGAGCCACUUCUCGCUGAGGCUGGAGGGGGGCCGGCCGGACUCCGAGGACGAGGAGGAGCGCCUGAUAAAUCUCUCUGAGCUGACCCCAUACAUCUUGUGUUCCAUUUGCAAAGGUUACUUAAUAGAUGCAACAACCAUUACAGAAUGUCUUCAUACAUUUUGUAAAAGCUGCAUUGUAAGACACUUUUACUAUAGCAACAGGUGUCCAAAAUGCAACAUAGUAGUACAUCAGACACAACCUCUUUACAACAUAAGGUUGGACCGACAGUUACAAGACAUAGUGUACAAAUUAGUGAUCAAUCUAGAGGAAAGAGAAAAAAAGCAAAUGCAUGAUUUCUAUAAAGAAAGAGGUCUAGAAGUACCUAAACCUGCUGUUCCACAGCCAGUCCCUUCGAGCAAAGGAAGAUCUAAGAAAGUCUUAGAAUCAGUGUUUCGUAUUCCACCUGAACUUGACAUGUCUUUAUUACUAGAGUUUAUUGGAAAGCUUCCAAUGUGGCAAAGAGUCCUUUUGAAGAAGUCGCCAGUCCUCAGAGUUAAAUCCCCACAUGUUUACUACAUUGAAAAGCUUGGUGUUACCACUGAAGUCAGGCAACUGAGGGUAACCCAUAGGAAGCUCUUUCAUGGCAGGACGAAUGGCAGUGCUAAUGAAGGCACGGGACAUUUUAAGCCAUUGGAAAAGAAGUUUGUCCGAGUUUCAGGAGAAGCAACUAUUGGACAUGUAGAAAAAUUCCUCAGAAGAAAAAUGGGUCUUGAUCCAGCUUGUCAGGUAGAUAUCAUCUGUGGUGAUCACUUGUUAGAGCGGUAUCAAACUCUAAGGGAAAUUCGACGUGCAAUAGGUGAUGCAGCAAUGCAGGAUGGUCUGCUGGUCCUUCAUUAUGGACUUGUGGUUUCUCCUUUGAAAAUUACUUGAAGAUUCUAAGGGUAUUAUGAGGAGGGAAACAAAAUAAGGAGACUUCUGCAGGAUUGCAUCUCACCAAAGAUUUCCAUGAAAUGUGUAAUUGCUAUCACUUUGUGCUGUUCGAGACAUAACUUAUCUAUUUUCAGCACCAAGAAUCAUAGGAUUUAUAAUUACAACUUGGUAUUAUAGAAUGCAUCUGUUUUACUAGAGACUAUAUAUAAAAAGCAUCCACAGCUCAGGGGGAAAUUUUUAAAGCAAUGAAUUUUUAUGAUUUCAAAUACUUGGACAUUGAUUUUGUUUCCUAAUCUUUGAGAUAAAUCAGUUAGUGUUUUUGUUUUUGUCUUCAUUGAGCCAUACCCCUUUCAAGUUGGUGGUUAGGAUUCUCCUCUCUGAAAUGGCAUCAGUUGGGCAGUCAUCCUUUCGGAAAAGAAGUGUGCUUUUGAACUGAAGAUUUAAAGCCAGUCUUUGUUAAAUUACAGAAUGUGCCUCUUAGACAAAGACCAAAACUAUGGGCCACUUUUGUAUGUUGCCAUCUUAUUUCGAACUUGUAACUUUUUUUUUUUCAACCAGCAACACUACUAAAGAGAUAUUAUUCACUUCUAAAAGGGAUGGAUUAUAAUUUUUCUGUUUGAAGAGACUGACUCCUGUAGGGUUUACGGCCCGUACCAUAAGACUUCAGUGUAAUAAAGACUCCUUUAACAUACCUUACAACAAGGGGUGCCUCUUUGCAACAGUAUUUUUAUUUUUUGAAUGUUAGUUUGAUUAACAUUCAUUUUUAGUACAUAAUGUGAUUGUCAAUACCUUGUAAUGGCACUGCUUUUGAAAGUAAUUUAAAAAUUUGAGUGAGGGGCUUCCCUGGUGGCGCAGUGGUUGCGCGUCCGCCUGCCGAUGCAGGGGAACCGGGUUCGCGCCCCGGUCUGGGAGGAUUCCACAUGCCGCGGAGCGGCUGGGCCCGUGAGCCAUGGCCGCUGAGCCUGAGCGUCCGGAGCCUGUGCUCCGCAACGGGAGAGGCCGCGGCAGAGGGAGGCCUGCAUACCACAAAAAAAAAAAAAUUUGAGUGAAUUUGAGAAGUUUACAGAAUACUUGUUCAUUGUUUCCUCAGUAAGUCAGUUUAAUGUUCAUUUUCGCAUUACUUUGUCACUGGGAUAAAGAAUACGGGUGUUUGAGAGCUCACUCACUUGCAUGCAAAUAUUUCAGUUAAAACUUUAAAAAGACUAUUUUGCCUAAAAUUAUCAUUGUGAUGCUUUCUAAAAGAAAUAUUUUGUAGACCUUAUUUCACUGCAAAAUUUCCAAGUCUGCAUAAAAACAAUUACAAUUGGAGAAAGAUUGGCAAUGUUUUAUAAAGAAUUUGUGAAUUGUGUAUAAAUCUCU